CAUCCAAUUCUCCAUUAUCUCUAGAUUUUUAGACCAAACCAUGGAUCUUAUUCACAAGUUCCUCAACCUCGUAGCUCCUUCAUUCACCUUCUUUUCAUUUGUCUUUUUAUUACCACCCAUUUAUUUCUUCAACUUCUUCCUUUCCAUCUUACGCUCCGUUUUCAGUGAGAAUCUUGCUGGGAAAGUCGUCGUCAUCACAGGCGCUUCUUCCGGUAUAGGAGAGCAUUUGGCAUACGAAUAUGGUAGAAGAGGAGCAAGGUUAGCUCUGACAGCAAGAAGAGAGAAAUCACUGCAAGAAAUUGCUGAUAGAGCUCGUGAUUUGGGAUCUCCCGAUGUUAUUGUAAUUCGUGCUGAUGUUUCUAAAGUUGAUGACUGUAGACGACUUGUUGAGGAAACCGUGAAUCAUUUCGGAAGAUUGGACCAUCUGGUAAAUAAUGCUGGAAUCAAUACAGUCUGCAUGUUUGAAGAUGCACCUCCAGACAUGUCUCUUUUCAGAGCUAUAAUGGACACAAAUUUCUGGGGUUCGGUUUAUACAACCCGAUUUGCAGUUCCACACCUUAAAACCAGCAAAGGCAAGAUCGUUGUCAUGUCUUCAGCAGCUUCAUGGAUGAAUGAUCCAAGAACAAGCGUCUACAAUGCAAGCAAAGCAGCAUUGACAGCCUUUUUCGAUACAUUAAGGAUUGAACUUGGAUCCGAGGUUAAGAUAACAAUUGUAACACCUGGUUUUAUCGAGUCUGAAAUCACCCAAGGCAAAUUCCUUCAAAGAGAUGGUAACAUGGAAGUUCAGCAAGACAUGAGAGAUGUACAAGUGAGUUCUAUACCAGUAGGGUCAGCCAGUGGGUGCGCCCAGGCAAUAGUGAACAGUGCAAGCAAAGGAGAUCGGUACUUGACUCAGCCAUCAUGGUUCAGGGUGACUUACCUAUGGAAGCUGUUUUUCCCGGAACUGGUGGAAUGGAGUUACAGAUUAUCCCAUUUCUCGAGGCCAGGAGCCCCACACCAGCAAGCACCAAGCAAGAAGAUAUUGGAUUUCACUGGUCUCAAGAAUGUUGUUUAUCCAUCAUCCAUCCAAUCACCCGAGAUUAAGACUGACUAAUUAAUCUGCACCAACCCCAAUCUGUUUCAGUACUCUAGUCAUAUGUUUGAAAGUUCUAUCCAUGUAUGUAUGUCAAUAUUGGAAAAGCUCUAAUGAUAAACUAGUGUUUGUGUUGUAAUAA